GCUCCAGAAGUCUGAAGCUAUGAGAACCUCUGCAAAGGGGAUGAGUUUUGCUAAUUAACUACGGGAGAAGUGAGGGAAAUUUCUUUUCCUCUCUCCUGCUUUCACGAGACGCGCCCAGGAGGUGAGAGGGGAGCUGGAGGCGGCCAGGUCUUCUCUCCGCCCUUUCCUGCAGGAGCGCGCCCUCAGCCCCUCAUGAUCCGGAGGGCUUUAGGACCCAGCUGCGGGCGUCCCGGAAGGGGAAGGGGCAGGGCCACUCUGCGCGCGCUGUCGGAGGGAGGGUUUGAAGCGCGCGCAUGCGCGAGUGGCGGCGUCGGGGUGGGAUCCCAGGUGGCUGCGCUUUCUGGGGGCUUCAGAGGAAGUGUAAUGUCUCAGGAAGGCAAUUAUGGGAAGUGGACGAUAUCCAGUAGUGAUGAAAGUGAGGAGGAAAAGCCAAGACCGGACGAGCCAUCUACCUCUUUUCUCCCGCACGCUGAGCAGGGGGCAGCCACUGAGCCAAAGUACACGUGUUCCGAGGCUCGGAAAGCUGCCCACAGGAGGAAGAUCGCACCAGUGCAAUUCAGCAACACAGACUCCGUUUCAGAAGCUUCACCUGCCAAAAGGCAGAAGGGCGGUUCCCAGGAAGACCUGGGCUGGUGCCUCUCCAGCAGUGAGGAUGAGCUGCCACCGGAGACACAGCAGAAGCAGGCUAAGGACAUGGGGGUCAACGAGGAGAAAGGCCUCCCUUCUCCCAGAGACGGUGCUGUCCCGGGAGCUGGGCGUCACAGCCUCUCGGCCGGCCAUGGGCUUGAAACGUCAGGGCAAGGCCAGGACAUCUGGGACAUGCUGGGUAAAGGGGACCCCUUCCAAUUUUACCUCACUAGAGUCUCCGGAAUUAAGCCAAAGUAUAACUCGGGAGCCCUCCACAUCAGGGAUAUCUUAUCUCCUCUCUUUGGGACACUUGUUUCUUCAGCUCAGUUUAACUACUGCUUUGAUGUGGACUGGCUCGUAAAACAGUAUCCACCAGAGUUCAGGAAGAAACCAGUCCUGCUCGUGCAUGGCGACAAACGUGAAGCAAAGGCUCACCUACAUGCCCAGGCAAAGCCUUAUGAAAACAUUGCCCUCUGCCAGGCAAAGUUGGAUAUUGCAUUUGGAACACACCACACGAAAAUGAUGCUGCUCCUAUACGAAGAAGGCCUCCGGGUUGUCAUACACACCUCCAACCUCAUUCACGCUGACUGGCACCAGAAAACACAAGGAAUAUGGUUGAGCCCCUUGUACCCACGAAUAGUCCAUGGGACCCACAGAUCUGGAGAAUCCACCACACACUUUAAAGCUGACCUCAUCAGCUACUUGAUGGCUUAUAACGCCGCUCCCCUCAAGGAGUGGAUAGAUACCAUCCAGGAGCACGACCUCUCAGAAACAAAUGUUUACCUUAUUGGCUCAACCCCGGGACGCUUUCAAGGAAAUCAGAAAGAUAAUUGGGGACAUUUUAGGCUUAGGAAGCUUCUGAAAGAGCACGCCUCAUCCAUAGCUAAAGCAGAGUCCUGGCCUGUAGUAGGUCAGUUCUCAAGCGUUGGCUCCAUGGGGGCCGAUGAAUCAAAAUGGUUGUGUUCUGAGUUUAAAGAGAGCUUGGUGACACUGGGCAGAGAAAGCAGGACCCCAGGAAGUGCUGUUCCUCUUCAUCUGAUCUAUCCUUCAGUGGAAAACGUGCGGACCAGCUUAGAAGGAUAUCCAGCUGGGGGCUCUCUUCCCUAUAGCAUCCAGACGGCGGAGAAACAGAAUUGGCUCCAUUCCUAUUUUCACAAAUGGUCAGCCGACACGUCAGGCCGCAGCAAUGCCAUGCCACAUAUUAAGACAUAUAUGAGACCCUCUCCAGACUUCAGUCAACUUGCAUGGUUCCUUGUCACAAGAGAGGAGAGAAUAUGAGCUUUACGUCGUCAGACAGUCCUGGACGAGAUGAUCUGUCUACUCCUGAACGAGUCUUGUGCCGUGAACAAGCUUCUUAACCGCCCUGAGCCUCAGACGCCUCAUCUGCACAGCAGCCACGAGGGUGUGAGGUGCCACGCUUGGUGAUUUGACCCCCAGGCAGGAGAGUUCAACUUUCAGUUCAGAGCAGUAAAUUCACUGAUAAAGUAUAAUGAAAGAGCUGGAAGUGGAAGAGCACAGUCUUGACAUAAGGGUCACUAGUGAUAGUCCAGGGCGUGUGGCCCCUCCGUGUUACCUGCUCCACCACUAGAAUGAGAGGUUCAUGCUCUCGUGGAAUUUACAUUAGGACCAAAGAGGUUCUGUCAAACAGCUGGUUGUACAUGUGUUAUGUAAUUGCAGUGUAAUUCUUUUCUGACCAUUCUGCAUAAGUAGAUUUUCACCCAGCAAGGCCCACACUGACUUUCAGCUCUCAGCUUAAACGUCACUGAAACUCUCCUUGCUUCCUCAGCCUCCUGGUGUCCAUCUGUCCAACAACUCAUGGUACACAUAUUACUUAUUUUAGCCAUUGCUCUUUCCAGACACUACUCUGUUCCAGGCAGGGUGUCCAUGUGCCCUGGGCUUCUUGCAUGGCCUGUGUUGUUUCCCUUACAGUGUGGUUGCUUGUGUGAUCACUGGCCUCCCCUCUCACCUCUGAGCCAAGUCCAUUUCUGUCUUGUUCAGUGCCCCCCGGUGCCUGGCAUGGAGGGGCGCUCAGCACAGAUUUGUUAAUGAGGAAUCGAACGAAGGCCAGGAUGGAGGCGGUACCGGUGAAAGCACUGCCUCGACUCUGUGCGUAAUUGACUGUGGGAGAUGCUUCAAAGGCGAGUCCUGGGCUUGGGGUGUGGCUGGUAUGGGAGAUGGGGGAUGGUCACCAUCAUCAAUAGAGAAGUCAGGAAAUGAAACUGGUUUCGGUGGGAGAAUGGUCAACUCGAUUAGACUGAUUUAUUAUAGUGGGACGGUCAAGUGGAAUUGUUUAUUGGCGAUGUUGCACUCAAGAUCGGCGUAUGCAUGGUAUAUUUUGGAGUUCUCUUUGGAACUGAUCAUGGACACCCUGAGCCUUUGUGGAUGGUCAGGAAAGAGUGGAGCACAAGGUGGGUGCCUGGGAGGGGAGGAACAUACAGGGACUAAACAUCACAUUAACCAAGUGUUCCAUUGCCACACAGAUGAAUUGGAUCCAAGCCUUCCCUCCAGAGUUAAAGAACAACUAACUGGUCACCAUCUUCCAUGAAAUAAUCUUCCUUCUACCUAAGAGAUGUUCUGUAUUGUAUUUUGGGCAUCAUAAAAUUUAACCGUUCAUUUCAACGUGUAUUUAUUGAGCACCUGCUAUGUAGCAGGUACUUUUCCCGGUGCAGGGAGUGCAAUAUUAAAAUGUAACCCUUGAGUUUAUGAUGGUGAGAAAUACACAGAAACCAAGUUUAUGUGUAUCAAACGGUGAUAAUUGCUCUAGAGAAAAAUAAAGUAGAAGAAUAAUUUAGGUGGACAGUCCUUUACUCAAAAUCCUUGAGACG